CCAUUGUUUGUGGCUUCGGGUGGAGGGUUCGGCUCGCGCCGCGCGCACCGAUGGAAUUUCCCACGCUGUGGAUAAACACAGACACAGGGUACAGGUGUGCAUGGGCACAACAUUAAGUGGACAGGAUGUGAUGUCACAACCUUAACCGCUCCGCUGUCUGGUCCACCUUGAUGUUUUUGCAAGUGGGGAGCCCUUCCCCACACUCCAAGGACAGGGUAUGUUCGAAAUGAAACCCCGGGCAGUGGAGAAGAAGGAGUCGAGCACCGAGACAGAUGAGGGACUGGGCAGCAGCGGACGGCAUUACGGCUCUGGCUCCCUGGGCUCUGGAUCCGUUGGGUCCUUGUACCUGUCGGACAGUCAGGACUGGGUGGUUUCCCCGAGCUGCUCUCCAGACGAAGGCCCAGGCCCGAUCAACGCCAUCUCCCCCAUGCUGGCCGAAGAGACUCUCCGCUAUAUGACGUAUCUUGCUUUGGAGCCGUCUUCUUAUUCCCACCUUGGCUCUCAAAGCCUCUCCAAAGUCCUCAGUGCUGACCGCGUGGAGCAGAUGACCAGGACCUACAAUGACGUUGACGUGGUCACGCACCUUUUGGCUGAGCGAGACAGAGACUUGGAGCUCGCGGCUCGGAUCGGUCAGUCGCUCCUGCAGAGAAACCACCUGCUGCAAGAACGCAACGAGGCCUUGGAGGAGCAGCUAGCUCAGGCUGUGGACCAGGUCAACCAGCUGCAGCAUGAGCUCAGUAAGAAGGACGAGCUUCUGCGGAUGGUGGCCAGCGCCACCGAGGAGAGCGAAAUGGACUCCAGUGCGUCCACCUCCGUGCAGCACCCCGUGCCGCUGGAGGGGGCCGCCGCCGCUCUCAGCCAGCUGGAGUCUCUGCAGAACAAGCUGCAGGAGCUGGAGGAGGAGAACCAGGCGCUGAGGUCUGAGGCAUGUCAGCUAAAGAGGGACACGACGACGUAUGAGGAGAAGGAGCAGCAGCUCGUGAGCGACUGCGUCAAAGAGCUACGUGAGUCCAACAGCCAGAUGGUGUCUCUGACGGACAAACUGUCCCAGAAGAGCGAAGAGCUGCUCAGACACCAGGAGGAAAUCGCUCAGCUGCUCUCCCAGAUAGUAGAACUACAACACAGGGUGAAGGAGCUGGCUCUGGAGAAAGAGGAGCUCAGGAUCCACCUUCAGGCCUCCAAAGAUGCUCAGAGGCAGCUCACAGCAGAGCUGAACGAGCUGGCGGAGAGGAACGCUGAGUGUGUAGAAAUGCUCCACGAGUCGCAGGAGGAGAUCAAAGAGCUCCGCAGUAAAAGUUCUCCCACGGCUGGGCUGCGGCGGCGCUUCCCCUACGGCCUUUACCCCAUGGAGUCGUUGGCAGCGGAGAUUGAGGGCACCAUGAGGAGAGAGCUGAGUGUUGACGAGGAAGAUGCCUUUCAGGACCAAAGGGUUGUCCAGAAGCGAAUCUUCCAAACAGUUCGCUCUGUCAACGCCUCAGCGCCCUGCGCUCCUUCGGCCACCCCUCCUAUCCCUGGCUCGGGACAGAGCUCUCUGGUGAUGACCGCGCAGCCCUUCCCGUCUGCUCAAAGGUAAGAGGUUUUCCUCUGUUGGCUGUAACGUUCACUACAGUUACGGGUAUUUAAAGUCACAGUGCACGUCUGGACUUACAGGGAGGAGACGCGAAAGGGCCAGCCUGGAUCUCCAGGAGGGAACAACCUCACCAAGGCGCUCCAUCGCCUGUCGCUACGGCGACAGAACGUGCUGUCAGAGCGCCAGUUCUUCCAGGCGGAGCGCGAGAAGAAGCUGCAGGUCCUGGCAGGAGCAGAGGCAGACGGAGAAGUCAGCAGCUGCAGCUCCCCCAUGGGCAGUGUGCACUCAUCUUUCUCCAACCUGUCAGAGCUGUCAGUCAGCUCCACCAUUUUCAAGACUUUCCUGCCGGAGAAGCUUCAAAUUGUUAAACCCAUGGAAGGGUCACUGACGCUUCACCACUGGCAGCAGCUUGCCACACCUCACCUAGCAACUAUCCUGGACCCUCACCCCGGGGUUGUAACUAAGGGUUUUCGCCCGUUGGCUCAGGACUCUGUGUACCACCUGUCUGACAUGGAGGAGGAUGAGGAAGGCGAAGAGUCUAAAGAGAUCGCUGACCUUGAGAAAGGAGCAGCGGAGAAGUGUAAGAAAGAGUGCGACGACGAAGAGGAGGAAGGUGGGAUCACCUUCAACGUGCGCUGCUCAUCUACACCAGAGGGGAGGAGGGACAGACAACCUUCUGUGGCACCUCUCUCCCCGACCCUUUCUACGUCAUCAGGGACAUCGUCUGUCCGAUCAGACCUCUGUUUGACACCCUGCCUUGCCACAGAGAAGUCCUCUUUGUCUCCUUGUACCAUUCCAGGAGCUUCUGCAGCGCCUGUUCAAACACAAAGCCAAAUUUCAACAUCCACAGCAUCUUCCGGUGUCCAAAACCCAGGAAAGUGUCAGAGCUCCACCUUCUCCACCUACACCUUCACAACCUGUCGCAUUCUGCACCCCACUGACACCACGCAGGUCACCUCGAGUUCCCUGUCAUCCCUUUUGGCCAACACGCCCAGCUCUAUGAGAACUGGUCCCAGUACCCCAGUGACUCCCUGCAGACUGAGUUUGGGUGACUCCUUCCCUCCUCGAAGACCAAUGGUUGCACCCCCCAGCGGUCUGGCUAAGCUUGUUCUAGAGAGGGGUAUUUCUGCACAAGUUUCCACUGAUACUCCUCCUUCAGCAAGACCCACCCCCCGGCAGCCCCUGUUGCGCCUCCAUCCAAGCACGCCUCCCAACUCCCCUUCCCACUCACCGGUUCCGUCCCCAGUGCCUAUGGAGUCCUGCCAUCACCCUGCUGAUAAUUUCCUAGCCUCAAGGCCUGCAGAGCUUUUUCUCCAAGACGUUUAUGGCUUGAACCUGGGUCGAGCGCCACAUCCUGACCUACCAAGCCCCUCCCAGGAAACCACAGCCUUUUCCUCGUCUCCUAAGCCUGAACUACCCAAUCCCAACUCGGCCAAUGUUGGCUUGUUAGAGAGACUUCGACGGUUGGGCUUCACUAAGGUGCUCCACGGUUCGGAGUCCGAUUCUCCACUGCCACGUCAGGAUUCUGCCACUUUAGUGUCCGCAGGCGGGGGGAGCCUGAUGGACGGCCUGAGACGCAACCAGAGUCUCCCUGCUAUGAUUGGCGCCCGAGCAGGGAGUAAGUCAGCAGGUCAUCCUCCUCAUCCCACCUUCCUGGCUAUACGGCCGCCACCGUGGGGAAAUCUUAAAGAACGGCGCCGACGUCUUGCCUCUGCCUCCAACCCCUCAAGAAGUUCAUUCAAACCGUGAAGAAGGGUUGAGUGGAUAACAGUCAAGAACCUCUUCCUCUCGACCUCCACCACAGGUCUCAUCCUUUUCGGCCAUUGGGGAUCAAAGUCAGGGAAUUUGCCUGCAGAACAACCCCUCCCUUUAUGACUUAAUUUAAAGCACAAUUGAACUGUUUUGACGGUAUCUCAAUGUGUGUGUCUGCCAUGAUGCUUGGCCUUAGCAAGACUCUGACUCUGGAUGCUCGGGUGCGGCUUUAAGGGGAAAAAAGGACAACACGCAAGUGUCGGAAGGUUUGUGGAUGUAGAUAAGAUAACAGUGAGGAUGAUUUAUGAACUGAACGGAAAGGUUUGGGAUGGUUUGAUCUUGAAAGAAGGUACAAAGAAGAUGACGUUUAAGUAAAACGGAGCAUCCAGGGUCUUGCCAUUCCAAGGGCUUCAUCUGUAACGUUCUGGAAAAGCUUUAGUCUGUAAUUGUACAUUUACCAUGCCAGCCAAAACGCAGCGGUUUAAAAAAUGUGCUUCAACAAAUACAAGCUGUCAGUAUUUGUGAAAAAACAAUUCAGUUCAAGACUUAAUUAAAUAUCAUACUGCCAGUCAACUCUUGCCAUCAAAC